GAAAGAGUCUCAACAUCCAACCACCUUGUACUUCAAUUUCGAAUGAAUGGUGCAGAAUACUUCUUAAUGGCUGAUGUUCACAAGGAGAAGAAUCACGUGAUGUAUGAAGGCAAACACAUACACUUCUCAGAGGUCGAUAACAAGCCAUUGUGCUCCUACAGUCCCAAGCUCUGCAAACAGCGCCGACUCAACGGCUACGCCUUCUGCAUUCGCCACGUUCUGGAGGACAAGACUGCUCCUUUCAAGCAAUGUGAAUUUGUAGCCAAGUACAACAGCCAGCGGUGCACGAAUCCCAUCCCAAAAUCUGAAGACCGAAGAUACUGCAACAGCCACUUGCAAGUCCUUGGUUUGGUGCCCAAAAAGGAGAGGAAGAAAAAGAAUGAGCAGUUAGAGGAGGUGCGUCCCAGAUUCCACCCUGAUGCAACCAUGGCAGUCAGCCUGGCAGUGCCCUCGCUGGCCUUGAAGGCAGCAAAUGGUCUGGAUGGGCCCACACGAUCCCCACAACGGCCCCGACUGACGCUUCAGUACCUGGAGCAUGAGCUCGAUGAUCCAUUCGCUUUCCCCGACGAUGACGACUACGUGCUGCGGAAAGGGACCGUCAAACGGAAGCUUCAGACCAAACUGGCUCAGAACAGGCAGCAGCAACGACUGCUGCGAGAGCCUGAGACUUUCAGACUGCAAUCAGAGCACUUUAUCCCACAUACUGCACCAUCACGGCUACUGUACCCUGGCACACCCCCUCUCUCAAGUCCCCCCCAACCCGCUGGACUGCCACAGGGCCUGCUAUGCAAACCCCCUCCGCCUCCACUCCCAACUCCCAGCUUGCCGCAAGCAUCAACCCACAGCAUCGUUACGACAACACCAGCCUCGCACUCGCCAAAUGGAAAGGCCCACCGGUCUGCCUCACCGCCACAGAAGACGCCACCCCCAGCACAGCCAACUGCGACAUUACCGCCGCCUGUCACCACGGCAACAGACUCUCCCCGGCCUGAUGUGGUUGUCCUCAAGGCUUCAAAAUCCACACCAGUCUGCAGGCAGCGGUCAGCCUGUAGGAGCAGGUUACAGAGACUAGCAAAGCUCUGUGCUGAAAAGCAGCUGUUGCACCGGGAUCUCUUCCCACAUCUAGGGCUAGACUGGUCUGAGGACAGCGAGGAGGAGGAAGAGGAAGAUGAACGUAUGCCUCCUUGCCAGUUUGCGUGGACGUUGCGGGACAAGUGGUCAGCUGUUCGUCCCGACUUGGAAGAUGAGGGGCCGAGUACAAGGAGUUUGAGAAUGACACGCCUCUGCACUUAUCUGCAGCACAGAUAUGUGCAGCUCUGUCGAGUGGAGCGAGCAGCGGCCCGCCAGCAGAGGUGUCGGCAUGCCUUUCGGAAAGCACUACUGCAAGCAGCCAGCAAGGAGCCAGACUCCGCCGGGCAGUUGCUUUGGGAACUCCGAGCGGCAGCCCCCACGCAGACCAGCACGAAGCAGCCAGAUCACCGAGUAGUGGAACCAGCACUGUGUACAGGAACCAUCAAGGGCCAACAUUGCCCCAACAUGUCUCUUCCAUACACCAGGCACUGUUUUCAACAUAUCCUGUUGAGUCGCUCCCAACAGCUAUUCUCAAGCUGCACGGCCAAGUUCGCAGAUGGGCAGCAGUGCUCUGUACCAGUGUUUGAUAUCACGCACCAGACGCCACUUUGUGAAGAACAUGCAAAGAAAAUGGAUAAUUUCUUGCGAGGGGACAACAAUCGGAAAGUCCAGCAACAGCGGAAACCCAGGAAGAAAACUAAGCCUCCAGCACUUACCAAAAAACACAAGAAGAAGCGGCGGAGAGGCCCACGGCGGCCUCAGAAACCCAUUCCUCCAGCAGUGCCCCAAGGCAAUCUUUCUAUGCCUGCUAGUCUGGGAGUGUCAGUCUCAGCCUCCCAUGUGCGGAACUCCUCGACUCCAGAACUCAGUGCUGAUGAAAUUCCUGACGACAUCACCAAUGAGAUCACCGAUAUGCCAAAUGACCUGGAACUGAAUCAGGAGGAGUUGGCAGAGGUUCUUCAACGAUUGCCUGAUGAUCUGCAGGACUUCGACCUCUUUGAAGGUAAGAAUGGUGAACUGCUGCCAACUACAGAGGAAGCAGAGGAGCUGGAGCGGGCGCUGGAGGCGGUGACCUCAUAUGCUGCCUCGUUGGAAUGCCUGAGCUCCAUUGGUGACCUGGCGCACACAGAUGGAGACGGUGACCAGGAGCUUACGGGCAGAGGGAUGGGCGUGUUUGCUGCCGCAGCCGCAGCAGGGAUGCCAGCCCUCAGCAGAGCGGUCAACAAUGAACUGGGAGACCUCCUCAACGGCCGCAUCUCCACGGAGAACUUCUCCAGCCUGGAGCUGGAUGAGAACCUCCUCCAUCACCCGUCUGCACUGUCCAGCCCGGCUGGCUCCCUAGGGAGUCAGGCCCAGGGCACCUACCCUUCCCCUUCCGAUGUGGGCCUCUCCUCUGCCACUUUGGUCAACCAGAGCGGAGGGCUGACCGAGCGAAGCCACCAGUCACACUUCUCCAGCCUCCGGGGUGAUGCCAGCCACAGCUCGCCCAGGGGCCACCUGCUGGGCAAAGCCGACGAUCUGAUCUCACCCCGGCCUCACUACGGCAGCGAGCACUCUCGCUCGUCUCCGUACAGCAGUGAGCACGUGCCAUCACCCUACAGUGACAAUGCCACUCCUCCACCCCGGCCCCUGCCCUACCCUGGGGAUAGUCUCAACGUCCCUGCCACCACCACAGUCGCCCCUGCCCCGUACCCCCCAGAUGUGACGCUGCUCCCUGCCCAUGUCCUGCCAGCCCAGCUGGUCAGCCCCCGGCCCCAGUGGGGUACCAUCAGCCUGAGUGACCCCGCCACCUUCAGUGGCCUGAUUUCCUCUGGGGCUGAGGGCCACUUGCUCUCCACCUCCCUCUCCACUCCUCUGUCCACGCCUCAUUCGCCCUCCACACACACGGCCUUCUCCAGCGCCACACCGGGUAGCGCCGUCCUGCUGCCGGGCCUGACGCAGGCCAGCUUCGGCGAUGGCAGUGGCGUCGUCACCACAGUGGGACCUUCCUCGCCCCCUGAUUUGCCAGCCUCCAGUCCCGCCAAGCAGCAGCUCCCUCAGUUCAGCGCCGCCUUCGGCCCGCAGCUCACCUCCCACAGUGGCAUCCCCAAGGACGUUCAGCCGACCCACAGCUCAAUAGCGCCCCCGACGGGCUUCUCAGUAACUGCGGCUGCUGCCGCGAUCACGAACAAUGUCACAGUUCCGUUUAGCGCUCCGCAGUGAGUCUCCUCGGGAUUGCUUUACGACGAGGCGCCUGUUCUUCGGCUUGUGAGCAACAGCCACACCUUUCUUCUGCGGUGUCUUGAGAGUUUUAGGGCUAUCGUCCAGUUUCUUUUUUCUACCUGCCUAACGGGUGCAAUCCGUUCAGGAAGCUGGCUGAGAGAUGAAAGUUAACACGUGGCUGGGCAGAGAUGUCAGUGUUUCCUCUACCCUUACUAAUUUUUGCUCCUUACUGUUAUUAGGUCAUUUCACUCAUUGACUUGAAACUUCCUUGAUCCCCAGCCUACUCAUUCACCUUGCAUCUUCAAACAUUACGAUCUGUCUUUUAUAACAAUUGUCCUGAAAUUUCUUUCAACCAACAGAUCCAGGUCACAUAGUGAACCCAGCAACUUGGAUUUAGCGGGCUUUUUCCAGUCUGAAUUCCUCACUCCCUGCUC